GGUCCGCGGGGCUGGACUGCGCUGCCUGCUGCGCACAGCGACCACAAGCUCCCCAAGUAGUGACCCACCAGCAGCGAUGCGUGUUAUGGCCACGCAGUAGCAUUCACUGGAAUAGAUGGUGAAGCAGUCUUUUGCAGAAGGGAUUCUUCUUGUUUUUGUCUCCCCUAGAGGUGCGCUAUGGCAGCCAUGGUGAGCUGUCAGAGUGGCAGAAGUUUACGAAACGGCGACUGGGGCUUCGCACCUCUGCUGGCUGCUGUGCUGCUCAGCUUUCUGCUUGCAGGGAUGCAGCAGACCACAGCGUUUCCCACCUGGAGGUUAGAGGAAGAAGCUCACACCACUGUGCUGCUCAUCGGGAUCCGCAAAGAGGCCCGGUCACAAGUACUUCACCUCUCCAGGAACAAGCGCUACACCCUCACCCCGGAGAAGCUCAAAUGGGACAAGUUCAAGCUCACAUACAAGUUGCUCUCCUUCCCUACAAACUUGAUGAACGCCAGCGAUACACGUCGGGGAAUCGCCAAGGCUUUUGGCAUGUGGAGCGACGUCUCGCCGUUCACCUUCAGAGAGGUGCCGGCCGACCAAGAGGCGGACAUCAAGAUCGGCUUCUAUCCAGUCAACCACACAGACUGUUGGCAGUCCCACUUGCACCAUUGUUUCGAUGGCAUCACAGGAGAACUGGCUCACGCGUUCUUCCCGCCAACAGGCGAGAUCCACUUUGACGACCACGAAUAUUGGAUUCUGGGAAACAUGCGCUUCAGCUGGAAGAAAGGGGUUUGGCUGACGGAUCUCGUCCACGUGGCGGCUCACGAAAUCGGUCACGUCCUGGGACUCAUGCACUCCAUGGAUCCCAAAGCUUUGAUGCACCUGAAUGCAACUCUGACAGGGCGCAAGCUCAUCACACAGGAUGAGGUGUGGGGUUUGCACCGGCUCUACGGAUGUUUGGAUCGUCUAUUUAUCUGUCCGGCCUGGGCUCGGAAAGGCUACUGCGAGAGCAAACGCAGACUGAUGCAGAAGCACUGCCCCUCCAGCUGUGAUUUCUGUUACGAAUUCCCUUUCCCCACCGUAGCUCCCACCCCGGCUCCCCCAAGGACCAAACACAAGCUGGUGGUCGAGGGCAAGAAACUGACAUUUCGUUGCGGGAAGAAAAUAGCAUCAAAGAAAGGCAAAGUACACUGGUACAAGGACGGGGAGCUGCUGGAGUUCUCUCACCCAAACUACAUCUCACUGAAAGACGACCACAUUACUAUAGUGGCCAACGCCAUCAACGAAGGCACGUACACCUGCAUCGUUAAGAAGAAGAACAAAAUUCUCACUAACUACUCGUGGAGGGUACGCGUGCGCUUCUGAAGCAGAACAGCCCAGCUCCUCUGCACACUGAACAGGACAUAUUCACAGAUGGUCACCAGGAGACCUCACUCACUAGGGCACAUACUAGUAUUUUUUGUUUUUUAAACGUUCUUCCUGUAUCCACGUAAAAUUGUUGACCGUCUUUGUGUAAAUGCGUUUACAUCUGUGCAAAGAAUA